UAAUAACUUUUAUACUAUCACUCAUACGGUAACAUCUUCCACAGUGUUACAAAGAUUUUUCAGAUUUGAAUAGGAUUUUCUAGGUUAUGUUUGAAGAAUUAAAGAAUUUGAAAGAAUAUUUUCGAUAAAAGUUAUGGCAAUAUAAACUGAGAUUAAAAUGUGAUUAUGUUAAAUGAUUUAGAUAACUGGACAGAAUAUUUUAUGUAGUCUAUGGAUUUAAAAUUAUUGCAAAAUAUUAGUACUGAUAUUAAUAUACUUGUUAUUAUGUUUUCGUAUAUGUAAUAUCAGAGCUGAUAAUACGAAAAUGAACAGCAUUAUCUUUUGUUUACUGUCAGUAGAGAUUUUUGAUCAUAUUUCCUCGUCUUUGAGAAAUAUUGUUAUUUAACCUUUUUCAUUUAACGAUGAAUUUUGAGAACGAUACGCAGAAAGUUCGACGUUUACUUUUGGAUGAAGCUCUUGUAAAGGGAAUCCAACAAAACGAGAAACAGUGCAAAAUAUGGACAACUUACAAGAAGGGCCAUCAGAAAGUUGCAGAAACGCUGCAAACUUUCCAGAAAGAUUUAUAUGUAAACUGUAUGGUGCCAAUUGGAAAACGAGCACUAAUGAAAGGCAAAUUGAUUCACACAAAUGAAAUACUUGCCUGCUUGGGUGAUGGAUACUUCGCAAAGUAUAGUGCUUCAGGUGCAGCUGCCCUUUGUGAAAGAAGAAUACAAAAAGCUGAAGAAAUGCUAAAGAACUUAAACAAGGAAAGAGAUUUGUAUGAAACUAGGAUGAUGAUGAUAGAAAGCAAUCUUUUUGAAGAUUAUGCUGGUGGAGAAAUUGUGGAAUAUUGGAAUGAAGAUCAAAUUACAGAAUGGAAGAAAAAACAUAGAGAAAGGGAAAGAGAGUAUCAUCAGAAAUUAGCCAAACUUAGGCAGGAAGAGAGGAAAAAGAUAGAGACAGAAGAUGAUUUAUUUAAUAGGCUUGAUCAGCUUGAAAUUGAAGAAGAAUUAGCAGAUGAAUUAAAUAGAUUAGGAGAUGAAGCAUAUGAACUUUUUGGAGUAGAAGAAUUGGAAGAAGGACAAUGCUAUUAUGAAUCUGAAAGUUCCUCUAAUAGCGAAGAAGAAGAAGAAGAAGAAGAAAAAGAAGAUGAUUCUAAGGAAGAUAACAAACAAGUUCCUGAUUCUGAUACAUAUCAACACAAAGUCGAAACUUGUAAAGUUAAGAAAUUGGUUUCAUUCGCAGAACCAGAAGAUCUUUCAAGAAAGGAAAAAGAAAAUUUAAUGAAAGAAAAGGAGAAAGUAUGUGAAGACAUGGUAGAUUUUAAAGAAGAUAUUCUUCGGAUAGAAUUCACUCACUCUAAAAAUAAAUCGGUCACAAAAUCGAAUGAAGAUUCGAUAGAAACACCUGCAGAUAUUUAUAGAUUAUUUUCUAAACCUAAAUCUAUCUUGAAAAGAUCACCAAAUGAUUUGCCUCCUGAGCAGUCUGCUCCACCAGAAUAUAGCACAGAAGACGAGGGUGAAGAAGAUGAGGACACUGUUAAACCUUCAGCUUAUGAAAUUGUAGUGAAAGAUGUCAAAGAGAAGGAUAUGUUAGAAGAUACAAAGGGAGCUUUAGAAAAGAUGGAAAAGAGUAUCAAUACUAGGCCUGUUAGUAAAUUCAAACGAGAGCGUCAACGAAGACAGUCACAUAUAUAGCAUUAAAUAAUUGUUUUGAUUUUUUUUUUCUAUAACAAUUUUUAAAAU